AUGAGUUAUUAUAAGGAAUAUGGGAAGAAAUGCGAGUUUGGGGUGAUGACAAAAAGAAGUGAGAUGGGAGAGGAUGGGACUGUUAGAUAUGUUAUGCUUGCCUGUGCCUGUGGUGGGAGGGCCCAGAAUAGGAUUUUGAAUGUUUCCAACCCUCGUCCGACAGGAAAGACUGAAUGUAAGGCAAAGAUUAAUGCCUCAAAAACUCCUGAUGGAAAGUUUCGACUGAAUUCAGUUCACAAUAUCUAUAACCACAAUCUUAGCCCAAAGAAAUCACGCUUCUUUCGAUGUAAUAGAGAAGUAAGUGAAUCCAUAAAAAGAGUCCUUGAUACAAAUGAUAUGGCUGGCAUCCGAAUGAAUAAGAGUUUCAGAUCUCUUGUUGUUGGCGUGGGUGGAUUUGAGAACCUCCCGUUUCUGGAAAAAGAUUGUUGUGGUGCUGGGGCGCUUCGAGACUACUUUUUACGGAAGCAGUACAAAAAUCUGGAGUUCUUUGCAUUAAUGGACCUGGAUGAUGACGAGAGGUUAAAGAAUGUAUUCUGGGUGGACCCCCGUAGUAGAGCAGCCUACCAAUAUUUCAAUGAUGUGGUCACAUUCGACACCACAUACCUGACGAACCAAUAUGGGAUGCCCUUUGCACUAUUUGUUGGUGUAAACCACCAUGGGCAACCAAUUUUGUUGGGAUCUGGCUUGAUUUCCUCAGAGGAUACUGAGACAUUCAUGUGGUUAUUUCAGACCUGGUUGCAGUGUAUGGAUGGUAUAGCCCCUAAGGCUAUUAUCACUGAUCAAGACAGAGCGAUGAAAAAUGCAAUUCAAUUGUUUUCCCCGAGAGCCGACAUCGAUUCUGCCUUUGGCAUAUACUUAAGAAAGUACCCGAAAAGUUUGGCAGCUAUGCUUCUUACAAGACUGGAAUGA